UGGAUUAAUUUGCUAACUUGUUUUCAGUCAAAAAUAUUAUUUUAUUUUAAAAAACAAAACAUACCUGUAUAUUUUUGCUUUUUUGAAAUAUAUACGUACGUAUUUCUUUAUGCGAAAGGAGAGAAUAUAUAUACACACGUACGCACGUGACCUCAGCAGCAAAUCAGCAAUAAGCUUUUCCUGAAAAGGAAAGAAAAGAAAGGGAAAGGAAAUUGGUCAUAUGGCAUGUGAGCUCUGUUAAUAAACGAACGGAGAAGGAUCCCAACGCCGAAGUUCCUGCAACCGCUCUCCUGGCAAACCCUAGUCCCGGUUUUAUCAAAUUUCGUAUUCGAUUCUCCAAAUUAACAUUGUCAGCUGUUUAAAGGCUUCUGGCUUUCCGUUUAAGCUUUUUAUCUGGUAACUUUGACAAUUUCAUGGCAGGCAGUGGCCUGCCGCUGCCAUCUUUGGGUCGUGUGAAGCUCAGUGAUCUUAUUCCUCCUGAAGGCCUUCCCUGUGAUUCUUACAAACUCUCAGUCUCCACUUUGUCACAGUCAAUUGCUCAAUAUUCUGCUGCCAUCAUUCAGUUCUCGGCGAUCGAUGGGGCUCUUCUGAGAUCCGGUUUGGAUUCUGCUCGCCUUUACUUCCGUAAAAAAUCAUCUUACCCAUCUGCGGAUAUGAUUCAUACUAAUGAUUCUCGCAAAUGGUGCAAGACAUCUGGUUAUUAUGCUGAUCCUCAGCUGUGGCAGGAAACCUAUGAUUAUAGACCUGGACUGACCCCUACAGACCCAAAUGGUGCUAUGGAAUUCCCUCCAGGAGGACUGCCUGACAUAUUUUCUCUGCUUGGAAGGGCAGCUAGGGAUAUAUUGGAUGCCAUCAGCUUCUAUUUAAACUUGCGUAGCUCUCCUUUUACGGAAAUACUUGAUAAUGUUCCUUUGAGAAGUCAGGAAACAUCCUCUUCGGUAUUGUCUGUUUGCUGUUAUGCUAGACCGUCAUUCCAGGGAUCACAGCAGCAUAAUUUAACUGCUCAAGAGGAUGGUCGGAUGGUUAUGUAUCCUGACCAUGAGCACCAAGUUGAUAAAAGUCUCAUAUCUCUUGUGAAGUCGGAUAAGGCGGGUUUACAUGUUAGGGAUUUUCAUGGUCGCUGGGUGCUUGUGGAUGGAGAGCUUGGUCCUCAAGAAGUCAUUGUUUACCCUGGACUUGCCCUCUACCAGGCAACUGCAGGCUAUAUCAACCCUGCGCUGUACAGAACCGAGAUUAAUAACUUGCAGGGGAACAUGUAUGGACGCUGUUCUUUGGCUUUUAAACUUAUGCCGAAGUCUAUGACCAGUCUCAGUUGUUCUGAGAUGAGAGCAGCUGGUCAUGGUGUUGAAGCUCAGUUCCAGGUACCAGUUCCAGUGGAUGAUUUCAUGCAAAGACCUCACCCAACUGAUCAGCUUCUUAACAGGCAUACUAUACAAAGUUUCAAUUUCUCGACAUCUCUAGAUGGAUCUAUGAAGGCCAUGAUGAGGAGGAAGAAUAGUUCACAUUGCAAGCCUCUGCCACCAUCCAAGAGGCUAAGGCUUGAGGCCCAAAGGGUUCUGAAGGAAAAGGUUCAGGAAAUUGCAGAUAGGAAAGGAAUCAAGCUAAGGUUCUGCAACCUGAAGGAGUGUGAGAAUCACAUCCAUGCCUUGGACAGCCCAUGUGCCAAUAUUAGAAUGGAGAUUGGGUGGCCUCCUGGAGUACCAUUUGUUCAUCCCCACGAUUUGCCUAAUAAGGCAAAGAUCGGUUUUCUUGAAGCAUAUGAAUCUGGGUGGACUCCAACUCAUGUUAUGGAGCUAAGUCUGACAAAACCUGGACAAGGAAGUCAACACUCGGACAAUUGUUCCUAGAACAACUUUAUGUUUUCCAAAUGGCAGUGGUAAGCUUCUGAGUCAAUUUGACGGAAAUGAUCUCCAUGGUUUACUCUCAGUUGUGGCUUUGAGCAGCUUAUGGGUUGCGUGUUGGAGUCACAGUACUUCCGGCUGUCGAUCCCUUAUUUUUAUCACAAGAUGGCAUAGCCAAAUUAUAUUGUGAGAUUGUGUGCUGGAGCUAACUUUAUUUUAGCAUUUGUUCCUUUUCUCUCUUUGGUGUGCCCUUUAAACAUAGUGCACCAUAUUGUAGAACUGAACAAAUAAGAAGAAGACUGGUGGAAUCGAAGCCUUAAGAGAGAGAGAGAGAGAGCCACCAAUUUAAUUAUGCUUCUUGUCCAUGGCAGCUGGUGCAGACUUGAGGCAACAUUACCAUGAUUUUACAAAUUAUGCAUGAAAAGCAAGGCCUCAUUUAAUCGAAUAGGAAUGAAGUUAUAGGUUCUGUCUGCUUGGUGUUGAUGAAGUCCUUCUAACCUCUAAUUUUUUAGAUCUAUUUCUGUAACCGAUUUGAGAUCUGUACAAGUCUUGUAUGCUCAUUGCAUGAGAGUUUCUAAUAUGAACAGGUGAAGUGUACUUGUUCAUUGGGCUUGCAAUGCCAAUUCCAAUGCCAAUGCCUGUCUAAUCCCUGAUCACUGGCACUUUCUUCUAUUUAUUUUCUAUUUCAUUUGUCA